GAAAAAAUACGUAUAUAUACAUAUGUGUGUAUAUAUAUAGAAGGAAAGGAAAUUUGUAGAAUAUUCCAAGUUAUUAAUUAAUUAAACAAUAUAGCUAGUAGGUACCCCAGCUAUAAAUAGGCAAGAAUUGGAGGUAGAUCAUCAUAUAUAAUUAACAUAUAUACACAGCACUCCACUCAGAGAAGAAACUAUGAGCACCGGAGCAGCUGCUUCUGCAGCAUGCGCCACCGUGAACGGCGGCGUGAGGCCGAACGGCCACCAGCAGCAGCAGCUAGUCAGCAGUGUGAUGAACACAAAGGGUUGUGGUUUUCAGAUGCCUCUUCACUACCCAAGGUACAAGAAGUCCGACUACGAGAAGAUGCCGGAGUGGCAGCUGGACUGCCUGCUGAAAGAGUACGGCCUGCCCGUCGCCGGAGAUGUUCAUCAGAAGAGAAAGUUCGCCAUGGGAGCCUUUCUUUGGCCCGACCAGCUCUAGACUAGCUACAUACAUCGUAUAUAUAUAUAUAUAUAUAUAUAUAUUUAUAUAUAGAUAAUUAAUAGUUAAUGUUAUUAAUUAAAAACUAAUAGAAUUAUUUAAUAUUUUACUAUAUAUUUUAUGUUUGUAACUCGAGUUAUUUAUAUUCCUAUGUAAAAACUAAAAUUACUCUAA